AUGCUCCAGGCGCUGCAGAGUGGAGGACCAGAUGGAGGGACAUGGAUCACCUGGUGUCUGAGCCAAGAACAAAAGAACGCUGCUAAAACCCCCACUGGGAACGUCACUAACCAGACUGAAAUGAUGAUGGGUCCCGUGUCGUCGUUUGAGCUCCGUAACCUGACGUCUCUGAUGGAGUAUUCUGUGGCCGUCUCUGCUCUGUACGACGAGGGCGUGUCCGAGCCUCUGACCGACGCUUUCACCACCACUCCAGUGCCCGGCCCUUUGAACCUUCGCUCCAGUGACAUCACAGAGCACAGUUUCAGGGUCAGCUGGGACCACUCCGCCGCGGACAUCGAGCUCUACCGUCUGUCCUGGGCGCCGUUCACCGGGGGAAACACCCAGGAGGAGAUCCUGAGCAGCUCGAAGCAGCACUUCCUGCUCUCAGGCCUCAGUGCGUCCACAGAAUACGAGGUGAUGCUGACGGCCGUGUUCCACGACGAGUCCGAGAGCGACACGGUGUCCCUGAUCGAGACCACACUGGCCCAGCAGCAGAUUCAGAACCUGCAGGUGAGCGGUGAGACCACAGAGAGUCUGGAAGCGUCUUGGGAAAUGGAGGACGUCAGUGUGCAGAGCUACAGGCUGACGUACGCCGCAGUGGGAGGAGACCAGGACCAGGACACUGUGCUAGUUCCUGGAGGUCAGAGGUCACAGGAGCUGCAGGGGUUACUACCAGACACACGUUACAAAGUGUCAAUAACUCCACUGUACAGAGACGAGAGAGAAGGCCUCACCGUGACCACCACCGGAUCCACACUGUCGCUGUCUCCUCCUCAGAACCUGCGCUCCUCAGAACACUGGUUCAACCGCUUCAGGAUCUCCUGGGACCAUCCUCCAUCUGCAGCUAUGGGCUACAGGGCAGUGUACCAGCCGCUAUAUGAUUGA